ACUAAUUUUUGUCUUUUGUUUCAUUUUGUUAAAGGUUUUGCUUUAAAGUGUCAUUUCUGUUCAAGUACAAAAUCAUGGGAAGACUGCGAGCGUGUACAUGGUUCAUCCACUAUAGAAUGCUCCGAAAAUGACGCAGUUUGCUACAAGGUUCAUUACUCGACAAAUGACGGAAGCUUCAAUCAGCAUUUAAAGUCAUGUGGACCCGAAAGCUACUGCAAAAAGGAAACAAAUCCUGUUUGUAAAGAACACCUCGGGGCUUCAAACUGUGAUAUUAAUUGCUGUGAUGAGAACUUGUGUAACACAGACAUCACAACAGGG